CGCCGCGCGCGGGAAGGGAAGGCAAAAUGGCGACGGCGGCGGGGCUGCCAGAGAGGGGCUGCCUGGAACUGAGCGGCGCAGGGCGAGGGACGCGGCGGAGGGCGAGGGAGCUGGCCUUCAGCCUCCCAGGUGGUGGCUCAUCCCCUACAGCCAGCCGGUACACCGACAGUGCCGGAGGAUACUGGUACCAGGAGAAUGCGCAGCUGGGGUCGGUGACCAGGAACCGUUUCAUUCACUGGGCUACUUCAGGUGGGACCCUAGAAUUAAUGGAGGAAUCCCUUGAUAUAAACCUUUUGAACAAUGCUGUUCAGCUCAAAUUUCAGAACUGUAGUCUCUUACCUGGAGGAGUGCAUAUCUUUGAAACCCAGAAUCAUGUUGUUAUCUUGAUUUUAACCAAUCAAACAGUGCACAGGCUGAUGCUACCACAUCCUGCUCGAAUGUACAGGAGUGAGCUGAUAACAGAAAGUCACAUGCAGUCUGUUUUCACAGAUAUUGGAAAAAUUCAUCUUAGAGAUCCUUUGAACUAUUGUGUGAUCCCCACAGUACCUGGACUGUCUGCUUAUUCCUUUGCUUCAGCAGCUUGGCUUACCAGUGAUGGUGGAGCACUCUUUGCUCUGCCAUCUGCAUCUGGUGGGAUUUUUGUUCUUAACCUUCCACCUUAUGAUAUUCAUGGAAUGGCUUCAUCUUCAGUUUUGGAAUUGAAACAGAGCUCAGUUAUGCAGCGUUUGCUUACAGGUUGGAUGCCAACAGCUAUCAGAGGUGACCAGGGUCCUUCAGAUCUUCCUGUCAGUAUGUGUGUUCACUGUCGUGAACAUGAUGCUCUUCUCUUUGCUCUCUAUCAGGACCAUAAGCUUAGAAUGUGGUCAUAUAAAGAUCAAAUAUGCUUGAUGGUAGCUGAUAUGUUGGAAUUUGUGCCUGUAAAUAAGGACUUAAGACAUACUACUGGAACUGGGCACAAAUUACAGCUGGCAUAUUCUGAGACUCUGGGGCUUUAUAUUGGUGUGUACUUGCAUGCACCCAAACAAGGACAGUUCUGUGUAUUCCAACUGAUCAGCACAGAGAGUCACCGCUAUAGUCUUGAUCACAUAUCAUCACUGUUCACUUCUCAGGAGACACUGGUUGACUUUACUUUAACUACAUCUGAGAUUUGGGCAUUAUGGCAUGACGAUGAAAAUCAGACUACUGUGAAAUACAUCAAUUUUGAGCACAAUGUUGCAGGUCAGUGGAACCAGGUUUCUAUGCAGCCUCUUCCAGCUGAAGAAGUGGACAUUCGAGAUGACCAAGAUCCAAGGGAAACUUUUACAGAGGCCAUCUUCAUGCCUGGCCAGUUUACAAAUGCAGCUUUGCUUAGAGCCUUACAGAUAUUUUCCCAAGGAACUGAGAGACUCACAGACCUAAGCUGGGAGGAGCUGAAAAAACAAAUUACUAUAGCUGUGGAAAAUGAGUUCCAGGGCAAUGUUACUGAAUAUGAAUUCUCACAUGAAGAAUUUAGACACCUACAGAUAGAAUUCUGGUCAAAAUUCUAUGCUUAUUGUCUUCAGUACCAAGAAGAACUCUCACACCCCCUUGCACUUCUGUGGAAUCAGUGCACUAAUAUGAUGUGCCUGCUAAAAAAGGGAUAUGUGUCUUUUCUUGUGCCCUGUACCCUUGUGGACCACCUUUAUCUCGUGCCUGAUGAACAGCUGAUCAAUGAAGUUGAAAGUGUUGGUUUAGAUGAAUCUGAGUUUUCUCAUGAUCUUGUGAGUCUGGUUCAAUGCCUUCAAUUAAUUGGUGAAUCAGUUAAUGUGGAGAUGGCACUCACAAUGGAAAUGGCUUGCUGCCGUCUUCAGUCUCCGGAGAGAGCUGCAGAACAGAUCCUUAAAGAUUUGAUUGCUAAUGACACGGAGAAUCUGAUGGAGGAUAUUAACAGCAAAUUACAGGAGAUCAGAAAUCCGAUCAGUGCUAUUGGGGUGCUUAUUCGUGAAAUGGACUAUGAGACAGAUAUGGAAAUAGAAAGAGGAUUCAAUAUUGUUCAGCCCCUUAAUGUCCGCAUGCAUCUUUCACAGCUCUAUGGUAGUAGCACAACAGUCAAUAUGAUAUGUCGGUGUGUGUACAAGAUGUCUAUGACCCGCUUCUUUAUUUGUCGGGACUUGUUGAUUUUACAACACCUCUUACUGCGGCUUGGAGACGCUGUGCUUUUGGGAGGAGGCCAGCUAUUCCACACUCAGCAGAAUCUGCUGCAUCGUACUUCUCUUUUGCUAUUAUCUUAUUAUGUGAUCAGGUGGGCAAGUCAGCGUUUGGCAUCAGAUGUUCCAGUUGAUGAACUGGAAUCCAACUUACAGCAUCUUUCUGUAUUAAAACUGACAGAUUCUACAACUCUAGCACCACUCAAACUAGUGUCUGGUCCUCAGACUAUUGUGGAGCUCUUCUUUCAGGAAGUAGCCCGAAAGCACACAAUAUCUCAGCUGUUCCAGUCUAAUGCAGCCCUGGAUGCAGCGGGUUUGAGUUGGCCUCAAAUGUUUUCUGCUAUUUGCGGUUAUCUACUGCAGUUUUUGUGGCCAAGUAAUCCUUGUUUUCUUUUCCCUGAAUGUUUGAUGGGAGCUUGUCAGUAUGCUCAAUUGCAGGAAUAUAUUCGUUUGCUGGAACCUUGGUGUCAUGUGAAUGUAGGAUCAUGUCGCUUUAUGAUGGGACGCUGCUACCUUGUUAUGGGAGAAGGGCACAAGGCUCUGGAGUGUUUCUGCCAAGCAGCCUCAGAAGUUGGAAAAGAGGAGUUUUUAGACAGGCUAAUUAGGUCUGAGGAUGUAGAAAUGGCUUCAACUCCAAGGCUUCAGUAUUAUGACAAGGUUCUGCGUCUGUUGGAUACCAUUGGUCUGCCUGAGCUGAUAAUUCAGCUGGCUACUUUAGCAAUCACAGAAGCAGCUGAUGACUGGAGAAGUCAAGCUACCUUGAGGACUUGCAUUUUCAAGCACCACCUGGAUUUAGGACAUAACAGUCAAGCUUAUGAAGCUUUGACCCAUAAUCCAGAUUCCAGCAGGCAAUUGGAUUGUUUACGUCAGUUAGUUGUAGUUCUCUGUGAGCGGUCCCAGCUCCAGGAUCUUGUGGAGUUCCCAUAUGUGAAUCUUCAUAAUGAGGUCGUGGGAAUAAUUGAGUAUCGUGCUCGGGCAGUAGAUUUGAUGACCCACAAUUACUAUGAAUUGCUUUAUGCUUUCCAUGUUUAUCGCCAUAACUACCGGAAAGCUGGAACGGUUAUGUUUGAAUAUGGAAUGCGCCUGGGCAGAGAGGUUCGCACACUUGCUGGACUCCAAAAGCAAGCCAACUGUUAUCUUGCAGCUCUUAAUUGUUUGCGAUUGAUUCGCCCUGAAUAUGCUUGGAUAGUACAGCCAGCUUCAGGGGCAGUGUAUGAACGUCCAGGAGCGUCCCCUAAAAGAAGCCAUGAUGGAGAGUGUGCUGUUGCCCCAAGGGGAAGUCAGAUUGAAAUAUUAGAGUUACAGGAUUUGGAAAGAGAAUGUAUGUUGGCCCGCAUACGACUAACAUUGGCACAGCAUGAUCCAUCAACAACUGCUAUUACAGGAAACUCUUCCCCCAAGGAGCUGGUUACCCUGCUGGUACAGGCUGGCCUCUUUGACACAGCCAUUUCUCUCUGCCAGACCUACAACCUUUCUUUAAAACCUGUGUUUGAGGGACUUACUUUCAAAUGUAUUAAACUUCAGUUUGGAGGGGAAGCAGCUUUGACAGAAGCCUGGGACUGGCUAGCUGCAAAUCAGUUCUCUUCAGUCAUCACAACGAAAGAAACCAGUGCAACAGAUGAAGCAUGGCGCCUCUUAUCCUCCUAUCUGGAAAGAUACAAAUGUCCAAACAGCCCAUAUCAUCAUUGUGUAAUCAGCAAGUUGCUGUCUCAUGGGGUUCCACUUCCUAACUGGCUUAUCAACAGCUACAAAAAGGUAGAUGCUGCUGAACUUCUCCGCUUAUAUUUGAACUAUGACCUCUUGGAAGAAGCUGCAGAAUUGGUUUUGGAAUAUGUGGAUGCCAUACUUGGGAAAGGACAUGAUUACUUUGGUAUUGAGUUCCCAUUGUCAGCUACAACACCAAUAGUUUGGCUUCCAUAUUCUGCAAUUGACCAGCUUCUUCAGGCUCUAGGAGAAAAUGCAACCAAUCAUCAUAAUAUGGUGCUAUUCCAGAAGGUUCAUGACAAAUUAGAAGCCUACCAAAACCAGGUUGAUAAGUCAACUCGAGAUUUUCUAUAUCGUCGAAACUAGCAAAUGGCCUUGGUUUUGUGACCUCACAUAAUCACCUUGUGCCUAGUGGCUCUUGGGACUACUUCAGAAACAGUGCUUGAGGCUAAUGUGCAUAGCUGGCAUGUAGGAUAUGUGAAGCAUUCGCUUUGGCACAUCGGCUGGGGAUCCUUGUGCACUGCUGGUGGUGCUAUUAUUACAAAUUCUAUUUUUUAUAAUCUUGCAAACCAUUCCCUACCCAGGGGAUGGUAGACAUUUUUUAAUAUGUUGGGGAAAUCAAGCUUCAACAAAGUCUGUUCUGAGCUGGGUGGCAUUCAUUUCCAGUAAUGAAAAAGAUGUUUGUACAUUGCAUGUUCCUAUCAUCUUUGUACUUAAUUGUUUUGUAUUAUUGCAUUCAUUGUACUGUACUAUAUAAGCACUAUGGUUGUCUUAUUUAUUGUGACAAUUUUGGAAUUAUCUUUAAUAAAAUGAAAGCUUUGUUAA